GGAGGAGGCCCUUUUUGAGUAGAAUUCGCAGAGGAGGUAUUCUACUGAUGGGCUUAGGACAUGAGCAAGGAUUUGGAGCCCCCUGUUUAAAAUGCAAAGGAAAAUGUGAGGGGUUCGAACUGCACUUCUGGAGAAAAAUAUGUCGUAACUGCAAGUGUGGCCAAGAAGAGCAUGAUGUCCUCUUGAGCAAUGAAGAGGAUCGAAAAGUGGGGAAACUUUUUGAAGACACCAAGUAUACCACCCUGAUUGCAAAGCUAAAAUCAGAUGGAAUUCCCAUGUAUAAACGCAAUGUUAUGAUACUGACCAAUCCAGUUGCUGCCAAGAAGAAUGUCUCCAUCAACACAGUUACCUAUGAAUGGGCUCCUCCUGUCCAGAAUCAGGCAUUGGCCAGGCAGUACAUGCAGAUGCUGCCCAAAGAGAAGCAGCCAGUGGCAGGCUCAGAGGGGGCGCAGUACCGGAAGAAGCAGUUGGCAAAGCAACUCCCUGCUCAUGACCAGGACCCUUCAAAGUGCCAUGAGUUGUCUCCCAAAGAGGUGAAGGAGAUGGAGCAGUUUGUGAAGAAAUAUAAGAGCGAGGCUCUGGGAGUAGGAGAUGUCAAACUACCCCGUGACAUGAACGCUCAAGGUCCCAAUAAAACAUACAUUCCUGGAGGGGAUAGAAGCACCACGACAGCGGUAGGGGCCAUGGAGGACAAAUCAGCUGAACACAAAAGAACUCAGUAUUCCUGCUACUGCUGCAAACUGAGUAUGAAGGAAGGAGAACCAGCCAUCUAUGCUGAAAGGGCCGGCUACGAUAAACUGUGGCACCCAGCUUGUUUCGUCUGCAGUACGUGCCAUGAACUCCUGGUCGACAUGAUUUAUUUCUGGAAGAAUGGCAAGCUGUACUGUGGCAGACAUUACUGUGACAGUGAGAAACCCCGGUGUGCUGGCUGUGAUGAGCUAAUAUUCAGCAAUGAGUAUACCCAGGCAGAAAACCAGAACUGGCAUCUGAAACACUUCUGCUGCUUUGACUGUGACAACAUCCUAGCUGGGGAAAUAUACGUGAUGGUCAAUGACAAGCCCGUGUGCAAGCCCUGCUAUGUGAAGAACCACGCUGUGGUAUGUCAAGGAUGCCACAAUGCCAUUGAUCCCGAAGUGCAGCGGGUGACCUAUAACAACUUCAGCUGGCACGCGUCCACAGAGUGCUUUCUGUGCUCCUGCUGCAGCAAGUGUCUCAUUGGGCAGAAGUUCAUGCCAGUAGAAGGGAUGGUUUUCUGUUCAGUGGAGUGUAAGAAGAUGAUGUCUUAAGAAGAGGGUACCAAGCAAUAUUGAGCCAUAGCUAACCAGACUGGUCUGCAUUUCUACUGUAAAAUGCAAUUUGGAAAAACAAAAGGAAAAAAAGAAACUAUAAAGGAAACCAGGAGAUUUUGUUCAGUAUCUUUCUUUGAUGUUUUUCCUUAUCAAAUUUUUCAUAUCAAUUUUUAAAACCUGCUUUAAGCAUUUGAUUUUAAAAAUGGUAGAGUUUUACCUUUUCUUGGCUUUCCAGAUGUAAAAUCUUUUGAGUUGGAAGCUUGGGUUUAAUCAUUCUUCAUAUUCCUGCCCCCUUUGUGCCAAACACAGUAUAUAUGAAACACUUAAAAGUUAGUAUUUGAAUGGAAAGAUGAGCAUUUCAUGUUCUAUAUUAUUUUUCACUUCUCGUAUAAAAUGAAAAGGAAAUUAAACUUGCCCUAAUGCCAAGGUUCUAC